AUGGCAGCGCCGAGAGCGAUCGAUGCUUCGCGCGCUGCGCCUUCUCUGUGGGAUCGCGUCUCGACCUGGGUCUCGGAGAACAAAGCAGUUGCAUAUACCAUCGCUGGAACAGUCGUGGUUAUCACCAGUGCUGGAGCUAUCUACUACUUCUCCGGUCAGAAACCAUCACCGUCGUCCCCUCCUACAGAAAAGCGAAAGAGCAAGAAAGAGCGAAGGAAAGAAAAGAAAGCCGCAGAAGAGGCACAAAAGAAUGGCAUUAGUCUUAACGAUGCUGAGACUGGGACAGUCCCAAAACCUCCUACCGUCGAGACCGAACACGAACUGCCCGAGAUCAACGAGUCAACGGUCGAGAGUUUCACAGCCGAGGAACGAGCAACUUAUGCAGGCAAGCUGAAGGCUGCGGGCAACAAAGCGUACGGCUCGAAAGACUACAACAAGGCGAUUGAAUUGUACGGCAAAGCUAUUCUAUGCAAGCCCGAUCCCGUCUACUACUCCAACCGCGCCGCCUGUUACAAUGCGCUUAGUGAUUGGGACAAAGUCGUUGAAGACACUUCCGCGGCAAUCUCAAUGGAUGCGGAAUAUGUCAAGGCUUUGAAUCGGCGAGCCCAUGCGUACGAGCACCUGGGCCUGUUUUCCGAAGCUCUCCUCGACUACACUGCUAGCUGCAUUAUCGAUGGGUUCAAGAACGAAAAUAGCGCGCAGAGUGUCGAGAGACUACUGAAAAAGGUGGCUGAGAAGAAGGGUAAGGCGAUACUCGCCGAAAAGAAGAAUAAAUUGCCUAGCGCUACAUUCGUCUCAAACUACCUCCAGAGCUUCCGCCCGCAGCCACCACCCCCAGGUCUGGAAGAAGGCGCGGAUCUUAGUGAGGAUACAGGCAAGGGCCAGCUCCAGCGUGGACUCGUUGCUGUGAAGAAGAGAACCGCAGAAGGAUACGACGAAGCAUCUGCAGCGUUCAAGAGGGCCCUGGAGCUUGGAGAUCUCGGCGAACACGAGGCUUUCGCCCACAACAUGCGUGCUACCUUUUUGUAUCUCGAAGGUGAUACGACGCUGGCACUAGAGGACCUUACAAAGGCUAUCGAACUCCAACCUGCUUUGACUCAAGCCUACAUCAAACGUGCCAGUGUCCAACUCGAGCUUGGCAAUAAGGAUCUGGCCUCAGAUGACUUCGAGAAAGCCACAUCUCAGAACAAGGACGACCCAGACAUCUUCUACCAUCGCGCACAGCUUCACUUCAUCCUUGGAGAGUUCGCGGAUGCGGCAAAGGACUAUCAAAAGUCGAUCGACUUGGACAGAGACUUUAUUUACUCGCACAUUCAGUUAGGUGUUACUCAGUACAAGAUGGGAUCCAUCGCAUCCUCGAUGGCCACUUUCCGCAGAACGAUCAAGAACUUUGACAAGGUCCCAGACGUGUACAACUAUUACGGUGAGCUGUUACUCGACCAACAGAAGUACCAAGAAGCUAUCGAAAGAUUCGACACCGCCAUAGAGAUGGAGCGGCAGACAAAGCCCACAGGAGCCAUCAAUGUGCUGCCGUUGAUCAACAAAGCACUCGCUCUCUUCCAGUGGAAGCAGGACUUCAAAGCAGCCGAGGAUCUUUGCGAGAAAGCACUAGUUUUGGAUCCCGAAUGCGAUAUCGCGGUUGCUACCAUGGCGCAACUGCUGCUACAGCAAGGCAAGGUGGUGAGAGCUCUGGAAUACUUUGAACGCGCAGCGGAGCUCUCAAGAACGGAAGGGGAGAUCGUCAACGCACUUUCCUACGCCGAAGCCACUCGAACGCAACUUGAAGUAUCGCAAAAAUAUCCUCAGCUCGCUGCUCGUCUACAACAAAUGGAAGGAGCCGGACUCGGCGGGCCCCAGAUGAGAUAA